AAGAAGAAGAAGAAUUGAGUGAUGCCUCUUAGUGUCGCUCAGACGAUCUUUGCUCUGUUCGUCUUUUUCCUGUGAAGUUGUAGCCUUUGAUUCCAAGAUGUUGGCGAACAGAAUAAUUGGAUCUUGUGUUUUCGGACUGAGAAAUGUGUCUGGAAGAGGACGGCCGCUCUCUGCAGCUACUGCGAGAUUUCAGCACAAUAAGUCUGAGGAGUUCGGGCAGCCCGCAUCCUCAGCUCGACCUGAGACCUCCAGCGCCAAAUCCCUGAUGGACAUCGGGACCCGCCGGAUCUUCAACGAGGACCAUGACCUCUUCAGACAAAAUGUGCGGCGCUUCUUCCAAGAGGAAGUGGUGCCAUACCACAAAGAGUGGGAGAAGGCAGGUCAGGUGAGCAGGGAGGUGUGGGAAAAGGCUGGCGAGCAAGGUCUGCUGGGAUUAAUGACGCCAGAGGAGCAUGGUGGCAUAGGAGGAGACCUGUUUUCUGCAGCUGUCACAUGGGAGGAGCAAAUGUAUUGCAACUGCACAGGCCCAGGUUUUGCACUGCACUCUGACAUCGUCAUGCCCUACAUCGUCAACUACGGCAGCAAGGAACAGAUCAAACGCUUCAUCCCAAAGAUGACCGCUGGGAAAUGUAUCGCUGCCAUCGCCAUGACUGAGCCAGGAGCAGGCAGUGACCUUCAGGGUGUGAGGACGUAUGCCAAGAAGGACGGCAGUGACUGGAUCCUCAACGGCAACAAGGUGUUUAUUACAAAUGGUUGGAUGGCAGACCUGGUGGUGGUAGUGACCGUGACCAACCGAGAGGCGAAGACGGCAGCACACGGGAUCAGUCUGUUCCUGGUGGAGGACGGCAUGAAGGGCUUUCACAAAGGGCGGAAGCUGGAGAAGAUUGGCCUGAAAGCCCAGGACACAGCUGAGUUAUUCUUCGAGGAUGUGCGCCUCCCAGCUGAUGCCCUCUUAGGAGAACUCAACAAAGGUUUCUAUUACCUGAUGAAUGAACUCCCUCAGGAGCGUCUGGCGAUUGCUGACAUGGCCAUAGCGAGCUGUGAGUUCAUGUUUGAGGAAACCAGAAAUUAUGUAAUGCAGCGGAAGGCUUUCAGCAAGACAGUUGCUCACCUUCAGACUGUGCAGCACAAGCUAGCAGAGCUAAAGACUGAGAUCUGUGUGGGUCGAGCCUUCCUGGAUAGCUGCCUUCAGCUCCAUGCUGAGAAAGGCCUGGAUCCUGCCACAGCCUCCAUGGCCAAGUAUUGGGCGUCUGACCUCCAGAACAGAGUGGCCACUCAGUGCCUGCAGCUCCACGGAGGCUGGGGGUACAUGUGGGAAUACCCCAUCGCCAAGGCAUUUGUGGACUCGCGAGUUCAGCCUAUCUACGGAGGAACCAACGAGAUCAUGAAGGAGCUCAUCGCCCGCACCAUCGUCAGCCAGAAGUGAAACUGGGUUGUUGUUUUUUGUAAUCUUUUUUUUUUUGAGAUUUAGGAAUUAAGAAUCUUCAGGUACAAUGUAAAAAGACUGGAUCUAGUGUAGCUAAAAACAACACUGGGAGCGUUAUCGAUGUCCUGAUGACAGCCAUGCUUUUUCACAGUUAAAAUUUAACAACAUACUCAGAAAAACAAAAACAAAAAACCCCACAAAACUGUCAAUAAAGAUCUCCAGUUUAGGUUUUUUUGUUUGUUUGUUUUUUUCUGUAGGUAUUACACUCAUAUCGUUAUGUGAAUUAUUUUGGCUGUGAUAGCCGUGCAGUGAAAGUGUGAAUGUGAACACAAGUCCGUCCACUGGUUUAACCAUACUUAAAAUUUUCAGAUCGAUAAAGGGAAUAAAAGAACACUGUUUGCUUUUUGCUCUAAUUCUGUAAAUGUUCAAACACUGUAUUCCUCUUUGAUACCCCAAGUCUUGAGCAGCAGGUGGGCGGAGCUUCUGCACUCACACGACUGUAUAUGUAAUAUUAAGGAUGGACAUACACUGACCUCAUGAGUUGAAUCUUUGGACAUAAUAAUAAUAAUUUUAGCAUUCAGCAUUGCUACAGUAUACAUAUGACAGGAAAUACGGAGAAUUUUCUUUAACAAAGUUUGUCAGCAAUGCCUUGUUUUAGCAUUGAUAGUGUGGCCAGUCUGCAUCAGAUUAAAAUAUCUGAUGUAAUUUCCCUUAUAGGAGGUUUCCUUUUUCAAAAUCAGUGUUUGUUAAUAUGCACUUAAAUGCCUGCUUUCAUAAUCUGCCACUCUCAGUUAAUUUACAAACGGCACGAACAAUGUUUUAACACAAGACACUUGUUGUAAAUUGAUUUAUUUGCCAAUAAAAGUCUUUGAAAUGCUAA